CUAACACGAGCCUCCCAAGCAUCCCAAGACAACAACCAAACAACAGAAACCAUGGCAACAGCAGAUUCAAUAACUCCUUGCGUGGCUGAUACAACGACGUUCGACGAAGCCCGUAAAGGCGCGUCAGCCUAUCUGCAGUCGAGACUUGCUGCCAAAGGCCAGACUGGCGACGAGGACUUCAAGCUUCCAAUAAUCGAUCUUGCACCCUCGUUCUCCUCGUCUCUUGCAGAUCGUCAAGCAGUCGCUGACGAGAUACUCGAGGCUUGCACCACUUCUGGCUUUUUCUAUAUAAAGAACCAUGGAGUUACGGAGGGUUCGCGUAGCCGUGUUCUUCAACAAGCUCGACGCUUCUUUGAUGAGCUUAACUCAAAACAGAAGGGAGAACUGCAUACCAGAAAAAGCAAGUUGGGCCUCGGAUAUGAGCCCAGUGAGUAUACCUCGAUCGCUGGCGAUCAGGAGUUGAAAGAAUGCUUCAACUUUGCGUAUGAGGAAGGAUUUGACAAGACUGGAGGAGAUGGGCUUUAUCGCAAUUUGGAUGGGUCGAAAUACAAUGGAAACUUAUGGCCGAAGGAGGAGGAUCUUCCAGGAUUCUAUGAAGUGAUUAAGGAAUACUACGGCGCUGUACUUGAUCUUGCACGCCAUCUUUUCCGCCUCUUCGCGCUCUCGCUCUCACUUCCAGAAACAUAUUUUGACCACAUGACCACGCAUCCAGGUGGAAUCGCCAGAUUGCUCUACUAUCCACCUCCUAAGAAUCCACAGCCCCUCGCAUCACCGAGCGAACAAAUUGGCCUAGGGGCCCACUCAGACUACGAGUGCUUCACCCUGCUUCUCACCUCCGCAACACCUGGCCUAGAAAUUCUCAAGCCAUCCGGGGAGUGGCACGUUGCGUCCCAUGUGCCCGACACGUUUCUAACGAAUAUUGCUGAUUUCAUGAUGAGAUGGACAAACGGACUUUACAAGAGUACCGUGCACCGAGUAGUAAACAGAGGCGCCGAGGCGAGGUACAGUGUGCCGUUCUUCUUCUCUGUGAAUUACGAUACGGUUGUCGAGACGCUGCCUACCUGUCUGAAGGAGGAUGAGAAGAGCAAAUGGAAGCCGAUCCGAGCCGGGGAGUACAUUCUUGAGAGGCUAAAUGCUACGACGAAAGAUGGGGCGGGGUUCUUGGAGAAUGAGGCGGUUUUCGACAAGCAGAAAGAGGAAAACGAGUCAGAGUAGAGGAGAUAAAUCGCGUGAUUUCUCGAUCUAAAUUAUAGCAAGGUAGGACUUGUUGUGUUGCCCGGUCGUAUCUGUGCUCCGAUGUUGCAUUUCACCACCCGUGUUUUGCUGUUCGCCACUUCUGUGCGCUCUCCAGAGCGACUUCUUGUGUGUUUCUUACGCUGUUAUGAAAGAGUAACAGUAUCCGAUUUACCCCUCGGGAUAGAGAGAUUAGGUCCUCAACUCUCGCAAGUCACUCAUGAUCAGGAAUUAAGAUUACGUCCUAUACGAACGCAGGUCGGCUUAUUCACUUGAUCACAACAACAGUCGCCCUCUUUCUGACACUCAUCCCUUUACUUUCCAGGUCCAUAUCUCUGGAUCUUCGAAAACGCCGCUUAUGGACCAGGUAGCCAAUAGGAAGAACAAAUAUUUUUCUUGUACCAAGUUACCAAGCGAG